GGAGUUGUUUUAGCUCACUGUAGAAAAUGCUGAGAAAUUGUUUUUUUCUUGUGAUAAAAUAAAGAUCAAGUGAUAAUUUAAAUGAACUUACAAGCAAAUGAGAUCUAAAACUUAGUCAAAUUCUUUUAUUUAGAAAUUUUGUGGCGAUGGAGUAUUUUUUACGCCAGAUUGAGCCAGGAAAUCCAAAUCCUCUCAUCAUCAAAUUGAAUAGUAAUAGCAUAGUUGUUGGGAAUGAUACAUAUCCAGUUUUGACGAAGUAUCCCAAUGUUUUACCUCAGCAUGUUCAAUUUACAAAACGUUCUAGUAAGUGGUUUGUUAAAAGUAUGCACAGUGUAGAAAAAAUAUAUGUUAACGGAUCUCGUCUAAUAAAUCAUCGGCUGAAAGAAAUACAGAUAGGUGAUCAUAUUGCAUUUGGGAAUACAGACAAUCAUAAACGAUUUGUUUGUUGUUUAAGCGUAAAAGCUAAUGAUAAAUCUCCAGAAAUCGAAGUAAUAGACAUAUCAACAGAUGAUUCACCUAUUAUUGAGAGUGGAAGAGUGGAUAAUGAUCAAACUGUACUAGCUGAAUCUUCCUGUAAUGGUAUUUCAGUUAUAAAAUGUGAACAACGAAAAAUUACUGUUGAAAGCAAUGGACAUGUGAUUAGCUCUGAAAUGAAGUUUGAAUAUAUUUGUCCACCUACUGUAAAAAGUGAGCCAGUUAAUUUGAAUCCUAUAAAAAAUGAAAAAGAAUAUAAUUGCCCUCCAACUGCUAAAAGUGAGCUGGUGAAUGAUUCUCCACGUUUCAUAAAGAGUGAAUCUAUGGAUAAAAGAUUACCAGUUGCAGAAAGUGAACUUAAUUAUAACUGUCCUCUGACUGUUAAAAGUGAACAGGUGAAUGAUUCUCCACUUUUAAUAAAAAGUGAACCGAUGGAUAAAAAAUUUCCAGAAGCAGAAAGUGAAUGUAAUUAUAGUUGUCUUCCAACUGUUAAAAGUGAACCAGUGAAUGAUUCUCCACUUUUCAUAAAAAGUGAACCGAUGGAUAAAAAAUUUCCAGAUACAGAAAAUGAAUGUGAUUAUAGUUGUCCUCCAACUGUUAAAAGUGAACCAGUGAAUGAUUCUCCACUUUUCAUAAAAAGUGAAACAAUGGAUAAAAAAUUUCCAGAUGCAGAAAGUGAAUGUGAUUAUAGUUGUCCUCGAACUGCUAAAAGUGAACCAGUGAAUGAUUCUCCACUUUUCAUAAAAAGUGAAACAAUGGAUAAAAAAUUUCCAGAUGCAGAAAGUGAAAGUGAUUAUAGUUGUCCUCUGACUGUUAAAAGUAAACAGGUGAAAGAUUCUCCACCUUUCGUAAAGAUUGAACCUACAGAUAAAAGAUUUCCAGAUGCAGAAAGUGAAUCUGAUUAUAGUUGUACUCCAACUGUGGAUAAGGGAUAUCCAGUUGUAAAAAGGGAAAUUGAUUACAGUUGUCCUCCUACUAUAAGAAAUGAUUAUGUACCAUUUAUAGAAAGAGAGCCUGUGGAGAGUAAUCUUCCAGCCACAGAAAAGGAAUCUUUGAAUAAUAGGCCUUCGAUAACCAAAACUGAAGAUAUGGAUACUAAUUCUUCAUUUACGAAUGAUGAACAUAAGCUUAUUAAUCUUCCACUUAUGAAAAGUCAAGAAAGUGAUACUAAUCCACUGAUUAUAAAAAGUGAUCCUAUGGGUAUAAGCAGUUCAUUUACAAAAAUUGAACCUACGGAUAUAAAUAAUCAGUUUACAAAACCGGAACCUAUAAAUGCUGUUUCUCCACCAAAUGAGCUUAUAUCUAAUAGUUUACCCUCUGUGAAAAGGGAUGCUAUUGACAAUUUAAACAAAAAUUUGAAUUUUUUAUCUGAUUUUGUACCACCUACUGCACAGAUGAAUUCAGUUUUUUUUAAACAAGCUACAACAUCCUCAAUUGAAGAAAAACUUACUUUAGAACAAUUUCAUCCUGCAUCCUCAUCUAGCAAUGCGAUUAAUAAUUUUGAUAUCAAUAAAAAAUUUGCAUCUUUAAUGUCAGAUAAUGAAAAUAAUAAUUCAUUGACUAUUGAAAAUUCUGUAACAAAUUUUAAAGAUUUUUUAUCCACCAAUUCUGGUCAAAACAUGCAUGUGAUUGCAACAUCAAAUGUGAACAAAAGCUGUAGUAUGAAUUCAGGUUAUUCAGAAAUUGAAGAUAGAAUUACUAUUUCUGAUGAUGCAGCUUAUUUAGAUUACAAUUCUUGCAGGAUUAUAAAGCAAGCAUACCCUGAUGAUGAUUUUAACAUAAAGUAUCGUAACAGUCAUAAUUCCAAUGCUACUGAAAUUUAUAAUGAAAAAGAUAUGAAUCUACAUUCUUUAUUAUUUGGAGAUGAUUCUACAUUAAGUAGCAUUAGUGACUCAAUUAAAGAGCAUGAAGAAAGUGCUAAAAAAAUGCUGGAUGGGGAUUCAGAAAUUGACCAUGAAGAUACAUCUCUCAUUGAAGCUAGAAGUGGAGAUGCUCUUAAUGCAGAUAUUGAGAGACCGCUUAGCACUUCAAGUGUUAGUAGUCAUGAUGACAUUAUAAUUCCUUUUGCUAGGAAAAAGCAGAGUGAUCGUUCUAAUAGUGGAAAUAGAAAAUCAGAGAAUGAUAUUGAAAUGGCUGUGGAUUCUUCAAAGAAAGAAAAUCAAAGUAUUGCAAGUAUUAAAAGGCCUUAUAGCACUUUUAAAAAACAGUCACUUAAGAGAACAUUGCUCACUGAACCAAAGCAAUUAACUAAUUUUCCAAAAAGAAUUCGUAAACAAAAAGAGUGUAAAAAGGACUCUGAACAAAUCAAAAAGAAAAUUCUUGAAAAAUCAAAAAAUGAAAUAGUUCUUUCAGGCCAAAAGGCAUUUGUAAACCAAAAAAACAGUUCAGUGUUUUCAACUCAGAAGGCUGUUGCAAGUUCUGAAGGUAAAUGUGCAUUACCUAAGAACCAUAUGAUCAUAUCAAAUAAGGAACUUCAACCUGCAAAGAGAAAUAUAGGAAAAAAUAUACAAAAGUCUAGUAAAAUAACUACUGGAGUUGUAUUGACGAAAAAACUUGAAUUUAAAAUCCCCAAAAUAAACAAAGAAUCCUCUUCUGAUGUGAAAUCAAAUAUUGAAACUACAGCACAUCAAACUGAAGGAUCUACAUUGGAUAAGAAAACACCAUCUAUUGCUAGAAAGCCUAAUAAAUGGGCUUCACGAUCAAAAUUUUUAAUUACAGAUUUCACCACUGAAAAACAAAAGCCCCCUAAAACGAUUUCUGCUGUAUUAAAACCACAUGUCAAAAGUAAGAAAGUGGCAUUUAGUACUAACUUGAGUUCAUCUAUUGACAGAGAAAUUAAUGAAAUAGGGAGAGAAACUACUUCUGAAAUGAGUAUUUCAAAUGUUACUACUGACAUUCAAAAUUUUCCGAUCCCAGUUAUAAAUACUCCAAGAAUUGCAAAUUCAAAUCGAAGGACAGAUAGGAAAAGUUUGAAUGAUGAUAGUAAUUUAUUAAAAAUUCCUGCUGAUGUAAGUAGAUCAGUCUCUCAUAAUCAAGUUUUACCUGAACUGAUGAAGGAACAAGUAAGUGGAAAUCAAGAAUUUAAUUUUAAAAGUCAUGUUGUGCACUCAUUUGAUAAAAAUAAAACUCCAAUAAUUUCUGGUGAUAAUUUACAGCAAAGUAAAGAGCAAAAUGUUGUAUUGAAACAGCAAUUUCCAAGCAGUAUUGCUGAAACUUCAACAAUAAAUACAAAAAGCACAGAGUGGCAACUGUUCUUUAAAGACAUAGGAUUAAAUUAUAAAAGUGACACUAUCCAUACAGUUGAUAAAGGUAAAACUCCAGUAAUUUCUGAGAAUUAUUUUCAGCCAAGUACAGAUCAAACAAUUGUGUCAAAAUUACCAUUAGGUGUUACUACUGCUUCUUAUAAUGAAACAACUGAUCUGUUAAAUAAUGCUCAAAUGUUUCCUACAAAUCAUCAUAACAAAACUGUAAUAAUUCCUAAAAAAGAUUCAGAUAGAAAGAAUUUUAUGAUUAAGACAAUAGUUGAAUGGAAGGAAAUAUGGUUUAAAGAAUAUGAGAUGAUGAAUACUCCUCAUGAAAGUCUCACAAAUGGUGUCUUGCACAUACCUCUUUAUUUCAGCUCUUUGAACCAUUACAUUUCAUCUUUUAUUUCCAUGCUUCUGUUGGAAAUUUGGGAUCGUUUGUAUAUUGCAUACAAACCAAUUCAGGAAGAUGAAAGAAAAGUUACCAAUAAAUUUUAUUUUAUUGUUACUGAUGUGGAAAUGAAAUGGGAUGUUGCAGAAUACCAGUGUGAAGCUUUAAUAAAUCAUUUGUCUUUUGAACCUAAAGAUGGAAAUUUGGUUGUUAUGUUUAUAAAAGAUAAAAGUACAGAAAGUAUAAAUCCUAUAUUUGGCUACAUAAAUAGUUAUGAGAUUCAAAGUAAUAAUAAUAUAAAUCCCGAGUUAUUAAACAUUGAUGAGUCAUGGGCCAAAGAAGCCAGAUUAUAUCGAUUUUCAGUUCUUGUCAAAAUACGCCCUCAGUUAUCCCCGGUUUUAAACAACAUAAUGAAAGGUAAUGGUCUUUGUUGUAUAUUAAAUUAUUUGAAAUUAGUGGAGGCAGCUCAGAAUCUUGAAUAUUCUCCAUUAUGUCAGAGUAUUCUAAUACCUGAUUCAGAUAUUUUCUUUUCAAAUUAUCCUGAUGUUCCUUCCACUAGUACUUUCAACAAAACUCAAAUGUCUAUAAUUCAAGGAAUAAGUUCAGAAAUUGGAAAGCACACUUCUGAUCCAAAACUGUUUCUUAUACAAGGAGCACCUGGUACUGGUAAAACUCAUAUUAUUCUUGGAUUGUUAGAAAAUCUUAUUUCCAGUUGUCUUUCAAAACAGAAAAUUUUAAUUGUCGCUCCAACUUCUCAAGCCAUAGAUGAAAUUGGUUCCAGACUAAUUGAAAUGAAUAAACGCUUACGAAGUUGGCAUCCCCAUGGAGGAAUAAGAUUCAUUAGAGUUAACCUCCAGGAGAAAACAAGUGAAAAAAUGAAGCCAUUUUCUCUAGAUGAAAUAUAUGCAGAAUAUAAGAUCAGAAGUAAGAUGGAAAAGUUGAAAAAUAUUAACAUGCAAAUUCAGGUAUUGCUUAAAAGUAAUGACCCUUUAGAUCAAGCUGAUUUAAAGUCUCUAAUAGAACAGGAAAAGGACUUAAGAAGUCAAAUUGAAUUCAUGCAGUCUGAUAAGAAAACACGUUUGGAUUACUAUCAUUACUUAUUACAAGAGUCUCAGAUUAUUCUUACUACUGUAAGUUGUUGUUCUUCUGAGUUGCUUCAGGAUUUCUGCAAACAAAAUUGGAACCUGAAUUUUUCCUGUUGCGUUAUUGAUGAAGUUACGCAGUGCACUGAGUUGGAACUUUUGCAAGUGAUAUCAUUGGGUAUUAAUAAGUUAAUUUUAGUGGGUAAUCAAUAUGGGCUUCCACCUGUUGUGCUAUCAAAGAAAGCCAAAAAUUUAGGUUAUGAUCGCUCAACAUUUGAGCGCUUUUUGCAAUAUUUUUCACACACAAAACAAGAAAAUCCUGCCAUUGAAUUGUUACUACAAUAUAGAAUGCAUUCUGAAAUCUGUUACUUUCCUUCUUAUUAUUUUUAUGGCAAUCAAUUAACUACUGCUGAUGGUAUAGAUUCAAGAUACGAACACUUUCUUGAAGUUCAUGCUGAUAAGAAACUGGCACCCUAUACUGUGUUUCAUAUGCUAGGAGAUAGAAAUCUGAAAUUAUGUACUGACUCUAUAAUCAAAUUAUGUAUUCAGUCAGUGACAAUUAAGCCUAAUUUAUCAAUUGGUAUCAUUGUGCCAAGUAAAGAGCUGCUUGAUGUUUUUAAAAAUUGGAUUAGAGUUUUGAGGUCAAAUAAUUCUAAUUACGAAGUUAUUGAAGUUGGUACUGUUGAAGAUUUUCAAGGACAAGAAAAAGAUAUAGUAUUUUUGUGUUGUUAUAAAGUUAGUGAUCAAAACAGUUUUUUAUCAAACAGUAGAAAAUUAAAUGUAGCCCUUACUAGAGCACGCCAGUGCCUUAUUUUGUGUCUGUUCUUGUCUAAACAGAACAUGGAACAAGACUGGGUAAAUCUGUCAAGAGAUGCACAGUAUCGCAGGUGCUUUUAUUUUAUCAAAACAAUAAAAGCAAUGUCUUUGAUUUUGAAGUGAAAGAAUUUGCAGGAAAUAUAAUUGCUAAUUAUAACAUGUCUAUUAUUUAUCUUGACCAUUACUUUAUUUAUUUGAUGAUACUUCAUAAAAUAACAAAUUUUCUAAAUCCAUACAUGUAUGGUGUAACACUUUUUUAAUUUUUUAUUUUUUACUUUAGUUAUAUACAGCAUUGAGUAGAAUCAGUCUAUUGCUCAUUCUAAAAUUGAGAGAACAAAAUAACAUGUAUUGUGUUUAAUUAUGAGUCGUUAUGUUUCAAAUGUUUUUGUGAUGUGAUUUAAGUAUGUUAAACAGUUACUGAUUUAAUUAGUAUUUUUUAAAGUUUAGUAAAUAUAUUUGCUGUUAUCUUGCAUAUAAUAUUUAUAUUCUUUCAUUAAUUCCCCGCCCCCCUUCAUUUUAGUAGUUGUAAAAUAUGGUACUGCAAAUAUUGUGACAUUUUUACAUGAAAUUAAAAAGUAAUUUCUGAAGUUAUAUGUUAAAAUCCCAUACUGUUAUUUAUAAGAAUAAGUUAUUCAAGUAUUUGUUGAGAUCAGGUGUAGAAAACCUUUCAUCUCUGAAUUUGUUUUAAUUGGCAUUUCAAUAUUUUAUUUUUUUUCUCAUUUUUUUUAUCUACAAGUUCUUGAUAAUUUUGUGUUUAAAUUAUUUCUGAAAUCCAACUCAGAUUGCAAAAAUCUUAUUUAAAAAAAUGAAGCAUAAUAUGUAAGUGCACACUGCUGUGUAGGAAAUUCUGCUUAAUAGAAUUUCUUAUACUGCUUUUUAUUGCAGUUUGUAGCCAGUAGUAGCUCAUUAAAUUAGAAAUAAGUUUCAGUUGCAUAUAUUUCAAUAUUUAUGCAUAGUAUAUAAGUCUAUUUAAUUCUGUUAAAUCAGUAUUAUUCAUCCAGUGUUAUAUGUUAAAUUUUAUUCAUUUCAACUGUUAAAACUGGCAAUAUGUAAUAUCUGAUUAUUUUUCUCCAAAGCAUUGGUCAAAAAAUGUAAUCUUAAAUCUAUUUCACUCUAAAAGUAAGAGAAUAAUGAGUUUGUCUAGCAAAAACAUAGUAAAAAGGGCAGUUCUGAGCUGUAAUUUUUUGCAAUCUAUUAUUUAUUAAUUUUUAUAUCAUUUAUUAAGAUGAGCUUAAUAUCAACAAUUAUAUCUACAAUUUUUUUUUCUGAUAUAAAAUAUUGUAUAUAUGUAAAACAAGGAAAGUUCUGCAGUGUCAAAACAAUUAUUAUUAUACUUUUGUUAAUAAUUAAAUUUUAUUCUAAUAAUAGAUAUUGUAAUGUUGGUAUGUGAUAUUGCUGUAUAGACCAUUUUUGCACUGUAUAUAAGUGCAAAGUUUCAAAAUAAUUUUUGCUGGUUAUGUUACUUGACAUUCAGUUAAUUAAGUCAUAAUGUUAUUCAUAACUGAAUCACAUACACUGAAUUUUGAAUUCUUGUGUAUGUGAUAUGUUAAAAUGGUGGCUUGCUUAUUAGAACUGCAAGGUUGCAGUACCUCUUCAAAUUAUUUUUUAAAGUUGCAUUUUCAUUUAAAAAAAUUAAAUUCCCAUUUUUUUCGCUCUGAGAGUUUUUUUCUUUUCUUUACUUUACUUUUUAAAAUAAGAGUUUGAGGAUCAACAACAAUAAUAAUGAUAAUUAAAAAAACCCAAUUAAAUCAUCAAAAUCAACAAUAAAUAGCAGUCUAGUAAAAUAAAUGCAGAUGUAUUUUUUGCUGUGCAGCCAGUGAUGGCCCUAUGUGUGCAUAACAUAAUGAUAGUUUUUCCAACUCAGGAGAAAGUAAUCUUUUUUGCAGUUGAAUGGAGUUGCAGUCUCAACUUGCAGUAGUGAUGUGAUCAUUUUUCUUUUUUUUACUCCCGCCUGAAAUUUGUAUCCAUUCUCGGGUGCGUUGGACAUGUGUUGGGGUGGCCACUGAUACUUAUCUCUUUUGAAUUAUCAUCACAACAUUCACAUAAUUUAUGUGGAAUUUAUAUUAUAUUAGUUAUUUGCUUGAAAUGCAAAAAAUUUCGUAUAUAAUUUUGAAAUUAAAUCUUUUUAGCUACUUCUGAAUAAAGUUUUUUUUUAAUUACUAUCUUUUAAUGAAUAUUUUUUGCAUCUCUGCUACCUUCUAUGCCAACAAGCCACCACUAUUUCCUUCUCCAUUGCUUGAUGGAGAAAGAAAAGAAAAUAUUGUUAUUUAUGAUCAGAUGGAAGUGAUUUUAGAAAUGACUUUUAUAUUCUAAAGAAAGAAUACAUAUGUAUGAAAUAUUUGGGAACAUCUAAAGACACUCCUCUUGUUAAGAGAGUGAUUCUUAAAUUGAUCAUAGGUGUCAUUGUGGUAAAAACUGUGACAGGAGGGUUGCAGGUUCAAGACAGAAGUCUAUAGCAGAUCUCUAUGUAUAUAAAUCUCAUGAUGAUCAAACAUCCUCCUCCUGGUAUAGAAUGGAAGUUUUAUGGCGAAGUGCUGGCACAUGUCAAUUUUGUCAUCUGAAUAAUACCUGCCUAAAAAAAUGUAAGAUUUAUCCAAAAAUAGUCAACAUGUUAUUUCCAAAUGAGACAUUAAAGAAGAAAUUCAUCAGAACUGAAAGAACUUAAAGCUCAAAUUACCAAUAUUCAAAACAAAGAUGAAGGAUUCUGGUUAAUAUAACUUUAUAAAACUAAUUUGUUAAUAUUUGACAAUACCAUUUUACCAUUAAAUGAUAUUAUUAAAAUUCUUUAAUUUGUUUAUUGUGGAAAGAAAAGAAAUGAAAGAUUAAAAGAAAUACCUUUUAGAUAUUUUAUAUUUUUAAAUAAAACUUACUCGCAAAUUGGCAUGAUUAUAUAUCAAACAUGACACAUUUCCAUGGAAAAGUGGAUUUCAUGAAAAUGUGUCAUGGGAAUUGAUUUGAAAUUGAUUUUUAUCAUUUUUGACAUUGAUUAAUUUUUUUUAUAUCCACAUUCUAUAUUAUUUUUAAUAUUUAAAGUAUUUUUUUGUGUAUUUGUUCAUUUCAUUGCUCAAUUAAUCAUACUUAUUUUACUUAAUGUUUAUAUUUGUUCACAAUUCAUUUUUUUUUUAUUUCAAACUUAUGUCAUGUCUGAUAUAUAUUAAUAUUUAAUAAAUGUUGGUAUUCAAUUUUGUUAUAAUUAAUUCAAUAGCAACAUGUUGUUAAUUCCAGAUUUUAAUAACUUGUUCUGAUUGAUGAUAUUGAGUAGUAAAAUUAAAAUUUCAGUAGAAUUUCAAAAUUGUUUUCACUCCAACGUUUAAGUGAAAUAAUUAUUGCUGUUGAAUUAAUGAGAAGUUCCAAAUAUUGUCCUUCUUUUUGUGAACAAAUAAUGUUCAACAAUUAAAAAAAUUUCACAAAUUUUGAAAAAUAAGUUACAAAAUGCAGAAUUUCACUGUGAUGUACAAAUCCCGUUUUUUUUAGAGAGGCCAAAAAGUAGAUUUAAUUUGAUUUGAAGAUAGUUUGUAUUGUUUUAACUGUUUUUGAAUGAAUUUCUUUUCUUUCUUUCCAUGUUGCAAUAAAAAUAUAUAUAUUAUUUUUCAUUUUCAUAAUAUGUGUAUAAUAUAUCAUAAAUUCUUUUUUAUGAUGAAAUAUCUGCAUACUGUGUAACAAAUAUUUUUCAUUAUUUCAUUGUAAAAACUCAUUAUGCUUA